AUUCUCUCUCUUCCUCACUCUCGUGCGCGCUAGGCUUCUUUGAAGCAGAGCUAAUUCAAGAAUGUGUUUGAAUAGCAAGCAAAAGUACCACGAGCGAACAAUUCAAGUCGGCAUACUUUUGUUAUCGUAACUAAGAUCUAUCUUCGGUGUUGAUAUGAUCUUUCUAUCAAGAGAAGAUCGCUAGACAGAAAAGGUACCACCGAAAGAAGGUCGACCUCACCGCCUUUGGUAAACCGAAGCAGAGAAAGAUAAAGAAGCAAAGCUAGGUCAUUCGAUUAGGGAACCUUCUUCUUUUUCGCAUCUCCCAAAGUCCAAUGCUUUUAUGCUUGUUAACUCCUGCUGCGCUGUGUCGCGCCGCUGCCGUAUCGCCCAGUCUUUCGCCGCUGUUGCCUUGCCUCGGGCUCGCCUCAUCUGUUCGUCGUCAAAACUCCAAAGGAUUGAGGUAUCCAUUCUUCAGUUAAUGGGCUCGCUGAGUUUUGACAAAAUUUGACCAAAAAUAAGCUUUGACAAUCAAAGGGUUGCUGAGUGGGUCAUUGUUGUUUUCAAUCGCCUCCGUCAUCCUCCGUGUCACCGUCUUCAACAUCCUAAAUCUCAUACCAUUCAACAUCCUGCAUCAAUGGGGAAGAAAGGAGGAGGCAAAAAACCGCCAAAAUCAGAAAUAAGGUCUCAAAACCCUGUUACUUUGAGGGAAGAAGCCAUUGGAAAAAUAAAAACGAAGCCAAUCACUAACACCAAGUCACAUUUGAGAAUUGAACACUUAAAAAAGCUUGCAGUGUGGGCCACCACCGACCCUCACAUACCGUCUUUGGGAGCCUUCUACGGGCAGCAUUUGGCCACCGUUUCAGAGGCCGCCGGAGUACCUCCCGGUCCUUCUUUAAUCACUUGCCAAAGGUGCGAGACUGUUCUUCAUCCCGGCUUUAAUUCAACUGUAUGGAUUGAGAAGAAUAGAUCAAGGGUCAGGAAUAGGCACAAGAAGUCUGGCAGCAUCGCUCAAAACAAUAUAGUGUACACGUGUCAUUUCUGUUCACAUCAGAAUCUCAAGAGAGGUACCCCUAAGGGACAUUUAAAAAAGAUAUGCCCGACAAAAGACAAAUCGUCCUUAGAAUCAACACGUGCUACAAAACCAACCAUACAUGAAUCUUCAAAAUUAGAGAAAUGUGUUGGAAUCAAAGAUAAAGCUGAUGAAACAUGCGCUUUUGGUUUAGAAGUUGUAGUUAAGGACGUCACUUGUAUGAAUGGUUUUAAAACUCCGACAAGUACAAGUACACCAACCUUGUUAGAAGGAAAGAAGCGAAGGAGAAAUAGUUCUACGUCGAAGAAAGAAACUGAAACUCCAAGCAUGUCUGCAAAGUUAGAAGUAACAAAUAUUCAGAGCACAGCGAGCAAAAGACGGAAAAAAUCAUGGACCAGUUUAAAAGAAAUUGCUCAGAGCAAAAACCAUAAUAGUCAAGUUGCUAAUUUGACAAUCCCGUUUUUUUUAUAACUAGAAGAUUUCUGCAUUAAGUUAUUUAUUAUUUAUUUUUAGAUUGUGACAUGAGCGUUUUUUUCUUCUAUGCUAAUUUCACUUUCAAGCAAUUUUGUUGUUUUUGCUGUGUUGAAUACUCUGGAGUUACAUUUUUUUGUACAUCUUCAAGCACUUUGUUGAUAUGUUCCUUCUAACACUAAAAUUAAAAACAUCUCACAUUACUGAUA